AUGGCCUUCGACAGUUUCUUCCGCCGAGCCUUCUGGGGUCUGGCUGGGUGUGGAUUGAUCUAUGCAGUAGCUAUGGGUGCUUUGACCUUGCCGGUGGUCCAGCGCAAUGCCACCUACGUCCACAAAUUCAAUCCCACCUAUUUUCAAGAUCUGAACAAUACUGAGCAAUUUGGUUUCCUCCAUCACCAAGUUCAACCCUUCACCGUCACCACCCCUGACAAUGUGACUUUGUUUGCCUGGCAUAUCCUCCCUACACAUCUCUACUCCAAGCACGAGAAAGCCUUAACUGAGCAGGCAGAUUUCGGCCUAAAGCCCUGGGAGAUCGCUUCCAAAAGCGUUGGUCUUCAACUUCUUCUCAAUGAUCCGACUGCAGUUGUUGUUUUAGCCUGUCAUGGAAAUGCUGGUCACCUCGCCUCCAAUUACCGCCCUUCCGCAUAUCAGCAGAUGCUGGGUGUGUCGACCCCAGAGAAACCGGUCCAUGUGAUAGCCUUCGACUACCGCGGAUUCGGCCUGAGCACGGGUAGUCCCACGGAGGAGGGUGUUAUCCAGGACGCUGUAUCAUUACUGUCUACUCUAACUGGAGAGUCCGACAAUGUCAAGGAUCGACGCAAAACAGACCACCAGCAUGUGGACCCUGCCCAAGUGGUCUUGGUUGGACAGUCCAUGGGCACGUUUAUUUCGACGGCCACCUAUUACGAAUGGGUGAUAAAACUAGGCAGGGCACCGCCAAAGGGCUUAAUUACCAUCGCCAGCUUUACUUCAUUGCCCAAUCUACUCGAGUCCUACUCGUUUAAAGGCCUUACACCUCCGAUUCUAUCUCCGUUGAUGGCAUAUCCUCGAGUGCAAGAUUGGUUGCGUUCCCACAUUCUCGACAAAUGGGACGCGAGCUCUAGGCUGGUGGAAUUAGCAAAGACGCCCGAGGUCCAGCUCAAUCUGGUCAUGCUACACGCUCGCAACGACUACGAGAUCCCGUGGCAGGAAGGUCGCGCGAACUGGGAACACGUAUUGGACUCUGCAACCAACGGCCUAGUCGACUUUCCUCGCAACCUUGAUCGAGAAGAAUGGAAGAGCAAGGACGGUAGAAAGCACCUACGGUGGGAAAGGAUUCGACACGGAGGGCAUAAUAGAAUUCAGACAAGCGAACAGGUUCGGCUGGCGAUAUUGCGACUGAUAGAAGGCGAAUAG